AAGUAAUGGGUUUUGAAUUUUUUUUUUCAGAUGGAAGAGAUGUUGGAUAUUAUGUUUCAUCACGGGGGUGAUUUCAAAGAAGAUCAAGAAGGAACAAUGGUAUAUUAUCCGGAUAAUAAGGCUUGUUUAGGUGACCUAAAUGUGGAUACGUUAGAUGUCUUCUAUCUGAGGAACUACCAUAAAAAGCUUGGUUAUGAUGAGAUAAAGCAAUGCUGGUGGCAAGUUACUAAGAAAGGUUUGGAGAACGAACUAAGAAGCUUGAAUAAUGACAAGGAGAUAAGAGAGAUGGUGAAGUGUUUUAAGAUCAAUAACGGAGUUAUUGAUGUAUAUUUCAAGCAUGGAGCAUCACUGCCAAAGGUUUUGGAGGGAAAUACACAACAGAAAAAGAAUUCUCCAAGAUUAACACAACCAUUACCCUCAAACACCAAAGUUGCAUCAAACACCAAAGGUACACAACCACCAUCAAUAGUUUCAAAAGAUCAAAAUCAGACCAAAAAACCCAUUAACAAAGUCAGUGGAGCCAAGCCAAACAAACCCACUGGUAGCAUCCAGCCCACGAAGCCCAUCAAGACCACCCAAAAUACCAAAACAGAUAAAACCAACAAGUCCAAGCAGUCCAACAAAAAUAGUAUAUCUAGGAGACCUUGUACAAGGUCUGCUGUCAGAGGAUUCCAAAGCAAAGUUUUUAAUAAUGAGAUUCCUUUCGAGGUGUCUUCUGACUCUCAUGAGAGCACAGAAGAUAGCCUUUUUAAGCCAAAUCUUAAUGAAGAUAGCUCUUCUGAUUCAGAUACUGGGGUGAAAAAUGUCAACAGUAGGAGUAGGAUUAGGGUGAACAAGAACCAGAAGGAGAAGAUAUUGAGAAAUGUUGGUCCUUUACCUAAAGGAAAGGAGAAGAUUCUGGUCGAGGAUGAUGCAUUUGUGCAAGAAGUUAGUGAUGAAGAAGUGGAUCUUCGUUUUCUUGGUAGUUUUGCUGAAGGUGUAGAAUAUGGUCUAGAUCCUGGAGCUGACUCGGAUGGUGCGAAUUCAUGGCACUCAAAGAAGAUGAAGACUCCUCCAAAUUCGGAUGGUGCGAAUUCAUGGCACUCCUACAUAGUUAUUAUGGGCUAUCGACUUAAAAUUCAGGGACUAUUAUGUGUACUCGUGUUAAAUGUGAAGGACUAUUAUGGGGAGGGUGAUUUUAUGUUAGGGACUGUUAUGGUGAUCGACCAUGAUUAGCAGGGACUAAUAUCAGCAGUGCAAGAGGUGAUGCCCAAUAUGCACCAUCGUUUUUGUGUCUGACAUUUGUGGAGAAAUUUUAACAAGAGUUGGAAGGAUUUGCAACUAAGGGGACUUUUGUGAAAAUGUGCAAGGGCAACAACUCAUCAAGAGUUCAAGGAUGGAAUGGACAAGAUAAAAAGACUAAAUGAAGAUGCAUCGGCAUAUUUAGAUAGAUGGCAAAGAGAUGCAUGGACUAGAAGCGCAUUCAGCCAUAAGCCGAAGUUGGAUAGCAUUUGUAACAAUGCAUGCGAGGUGUUCAAUAAAAAGAUCAAGGAUGCGAGAGCCAAGCCCAUCAUAACAUUGUUGGAGGAGGUUCGAAUGUUCGUAAUGCGGACCAUAGCCAAGAACAAGGUGAAACUAAACAAUCACACUGGAGUGUUCACACUGGUUAUAAAGAGUCGAUUGGAGAAAGUUAGAAAAGAAUCUAAGAAUUGGAAGCCUAUUUGGACAGGGGACAACAGAUACGAAAAGUUUGAGGUACAUGGACACCCAACUAAUCAUGUGGUGGACUUAGGAAAAAAGACUAUGUACUUACCAAUUUUGGAUGCUUACAGGUUAUUUGCAUUGUUAUAAUAAUUGUUUUUGUGCUAUAGUAAUAAUCUGAUUAAUGGUAUAUGACUAAAAUCCAUGGUUGUUGUGGCUAUUGUUUGUAUGCAGGUAUUCCUUGUGUGCAUGCAUGUGCUGCACUGUCUCGGGUUAACAAGCCACCAGAAGACUUUUUUCACCGCUUGCUAACAAUGGAGUCAUACAGGGAAACAUAUAAUCAUCAUAUUAAUCCAAUUCCUGGACAACUAUUAUGGGAGCAUGCAGAAGAUUGUAACAAGCCACAUGCACCAAAAAUAAAGAAAAAACCUGAAAAACUACAGAUGAAAAGAAGGAUGGAUGCUAAUGAGAAGGGUGGUGGAGGAUCUAAAAAGUCUAAAGCUGAUCCAAGCCUCAGAGUAACAAUGGAGAUAAUGUUCAUCUAAAGAAGCAGUUGGGCCCCUUUACUUGCAGUUUCUGUGGUGAUAAAGGACAUACAAAGAGAGGUUGCUGCAGUUGCUGCUGCUGCUGAUGAGGCUGAUAAGAAGAAGAAAAAUGGAGGUGCGCUUGCAUCUGAGCAGCAACUUCAGCAGCCUCAAGAUGAUGGUGACCAACGUGAUGGAGAAGACAAUCCUCUUGUGCAGUCUACUGAGAUUGCACCAACCACUUCUAAUGCAUAACCUGUAGAGAUAGAUAUAUCUCAGCCAACUACUUCUGAUGUAGAAGAUUCUCAAAAGGAUCAUGGAAUAAAAAGGCCUUCAAAAUUAUGACCAAGGAGAAGAUCCUCUCCACUAGCAACUUCUGUCCCAGUGAAUCCCAUGCAGGGUACUAGUUCAGGAACUGCAAUUUGUCAAUUACAUGAAGUUUAUCCCAACUCCAUGAUUUAAGGCUCAAAAAAAAAAAAGAAUUGAAGACUUUAGCUUAAUAUGUAUAGGGCUUUAUGUUUUGAAUUUAAUACUUUUUGCUAGACAAAGACUACACAAGGAAAAAAUAAUCCUUUAUGUUUUGCUGUAAAGUUCUCCCUUUUGAGGUAACUUUGUUUAACAUGCUCAUGUUAGUUGGCUGUCCUUUGUGUUAUGUGACUAACUGUGUUAAACUGAACCAUUAUCUUAAU